CAGACCCGGGUGGACUCCACAGUCGGUGCACGUUUGCCCACACAAACUCCAAACCUUGAACUCUUGUCGAAGAAGCUCGGGCCGCGCCAGUACUACACGUGUAGUGGACAACCCAAAGGGGCCGGGUUCGGGUUGUUCCGUACAGAAUUUACUGGGUACGGUGGGUCCCUGGAUCCAGCUUGGCAUUUCAACAUUGGCUCCGUGUCUUUUGAUGGCCAGCGGCGCGACUGCGACUGCGACUGCUGAGUUGUCCCCGAAGACCUGAGUGCCGUGACACUCGCAUCUUCAGAAAGAUUUCCCGGCCCAACGCACGAUGCAGCUGCCGCUACUUUCAGGCGGCCUUUGGGCCCUGCUGGCCGUCCAGGCGACGGCAACGGCAUUGACAUACAAGAUCAACGCGAACGAGGAGGCUUGCUUCUACACUGCCACGACCCGCAAUGACGAGAAGGUUGCAUUCUACUUCGCCGUUCAAUCUGGUGGUUCCUUCGACAUCAACUACAAGGUGACAGGACCGAACGGGAGAUUCAUCAUGGAAGGGGAGAAGGAGCGGCAAGGCGACUUCGUCUUUACGGCGAGGGAGCCCGGCGACUACAAGUUCUGCUUCAACAACGAGAUGAGCACCUACACCGAGAAAUUUGUCGACUUUGAAAUCUCGGUUGAGAACGAGGCCCGCGUAUCCCUCCCCGCGAAGCAAGGCGUCGCCCCCGAGCAGACGUCCACCCUCGAGGAGUCGCUCUUCAAGAUCUCGGGCCAGCUGUCGACCAUCACGCGCAACCAGAAAUACUUCCGCACCCGCGAGAACCGCAACUUCAGCACCGUCCGUAGCACCGAGAAGAGGAUCAUCAACUUCAGCUUGAUCCAAAUCUUGCUGGUUAUCUGCAUGGGUGCUCUGCAGGUGUUUAUUGUCAGGUUCUUUUUCCAGGGGGCCAGGAAGGGCUACGUAUAAACUGUUCUCUGCAUUGGUAUGCAAUAAAAUGGAGCUCCUUGGCUUUUAUGGACAUGUUUCUAUGAGUUGGGCGUGUCUUGCCUGCAUGAAGAAGGUUAGGUUAUGUAUGUACCACAAGGCUGGCUCAAUGGUUUAACGACGG